AUGUCAUUGUUUGCAGUUUCAAUCCAGUUCGGAUCAGUAAAUCAACCAUCGGCCAAUCCACCACUAUCGUCUUCACCAGUACAACCGUCCCUAGUAAGUGGAGGGAAUAACCCUCCUCCACUUCCAAAAAGUGGUACUCCAACUUUUGGAACGGUAACUGUACGAAGUCCUUCGGAAGAGCUGCCAGCUUCUACACCUGCCAGCUCUGGAUCUGUUACUGGAGCACCCAAGCCUUUAUUAGCUACACGUAUAAACAAAGAAAUUCCUCGGACACAGUCUGCCCCACCGUUGCUUAAUCUCCAAGAUUCACCAAAUGUAGGUCAACCCUCAGGUCAUCAGAUGAAUAACAUGACACCCCGUAAUCAACAACAGCUGUCCGCGGCUACUCCUCCGCAACCAAUUUCAACAUCAAAUCCUCCACAUCAUCGUAAGGAUUCUGCUUCUUCAACAGUGUCCUCCAACGAUGCCACUUCAUAUCACCAGAGGUCGCGAGACAAGAGCGUUCCUGGCGCCAUACCUCCCUCAUCGCAUUCGAAUCCUCAGCCAAUUCCUCAAGCUCAGAUUCCAAUGACUGGACCGCAGCCGACAAUUCCAGUACAAAUGUGGCCCUACAAUCGCUCUAAUGAAUAUUAUUACCCCAAUUAUUAUCCGCAUAUGUAUGUAAUCCAAACAAGACCUACAAUACCAAUCCCGACUCAUUUGCCUCCAACCGCUACUUCAUACACACCUAUGAAAAAUCAUGCUGUCCCAAUUGUUAACCCUGUUAAUGGAUCAGUUGUAAAUGCGCACCCUUCUUCCGUUUACCCUGGUGUGAGGAAGGAGGACGUCUCCGUGUCUACGGUCGUCGAUGCCAAAAGGACCGAAGAUGUGGAUAAGGAUAAGGAACAGACCCUCGAUAACGACAAAAAAGAAUCUAAAGCUGUUCCGAUAGUUGAUCCAGUUGAUAAGGAUAAAAUAGAACGAGAAAGGAAAGAAAAUGAGGAAAAGGAAAAAAAGGAACGUGAGGAGAAAGAGCGUAAAGAGCGAGAAGAAAAGGAAAGGUUGGAGAGAGAACGCGAAGCAAAAGAAAAGGAGAGAAUAGAACGCGAAGAGAGGGAGCGAAAGGAACGUGAAGAAAGGGAACGCAAAGAACGCGAGGAAAGGGAACGUGAGGAAAGGGAACGCGAGGAGAAGGAGCGUAAAGAACGUGAGGAGAAGGAACGUAAGGAACGUGAGGAGAGGGAACGUAAGGAACGUGAGGAAAGGGAACGCAAGGAACGUGAGGAAAGGGAACGCGAGGAGAGAGAACGCAAGGAACGCGAGGAGAGGGAACGCAAGGAACGCGAGGAGAGGGAACGCAAGGAACGUGAAGAGAGGGAACGCAAGGAACGUGAAGAGAGGGAACGCGAGGAGAAGGAACGCAAGGAACGUGAGGAGAAAGAAAGGUUGGAAAAAGAGAGGUUAGAACGUGAAAAAAAAGAACGAUUAGAACGUGAAGAGAGAGAACGAUUAGAACGCGAAGAGAGAGAACGAUUGGAGCGUGAAGCAGAGCAGAAAGAAAAAGAACAAUUGGAGGCACAGGAAGAACGUAAAAGGAUUGAGCGAGAAGAAGCUCUUAGAAAAGAGGAAACGGAACGCCAGAUUUCCGAAAAAAAGAAAAAAGAGGUUGAAGAAGAGGAAAAGAAAAAGGAGAUUGAUAAGGAUGCUAAGAAAGAGGAGAAGAAAUACGGAAAAGGGCACAAACCUGAGGCUUUGGAUUUGUCUCGCACCAUCUCAGCACCUGCUUUAGGGAGUGGUCCACUUAGUAGUGCUCGUAUUAUCGACGACUUGAACUCUGUACAGUAUCCGGCUCACAUCAAGUCACCCAACCCAGAAUUGAACGUUAAUUCCGAUCCAGGAAAAUUCAAAUACGAUCGUAAUUUCCUCAUGCAAUUCAUGGAAGUUUGCAAAGAAAAACCGACAAAUUUACCAACGUUAGACGCGGUUGGCAUGGAAGAACCCAAAGAUGAUAAAAAAGGUGGUUCCAGGCCACGUCCUGGGAGCCAACGUACUUCGCAACACGCAAAGAGUGGCUCAGGUCAAUCACAGUAUUCUCAAAUGGGAGAAUUUAAAUUGCAGAAGAGUGACGGAUUCCCGGUCUCAUCAAGUUAUGGUUCUAGGACAGGUUUUGCAAGAUCAUCCCUUGGUCCUCGCACUGGUAGUGGAAGUAUGUCAUUGCCAUCUAGUCUAGGAAAUCCUCCGAGCCCAGUUCGAGCACAAAGUUCAAUCCGACGGAAAAAACCUAUUCACCAAGGUCAACCUGGUCAAAACAUAGGACAAGAAUCAGUGACACCCCUUGAAAUUUCCGAAAAUCGAUGGAUUCCAAUGAUGCAUAAAACGAUCGAUGAACGCUUGCAUCUAGAAACGGUGCAACGUAAAGUGAAGGCUCUUCUGAACAAAUUGACUUUAGAGAAAUUUGACAGAAUAUCGGACCAGAUAAUUGAGUUCGCCAAUAGAUCUAGAGAAGAGAGGGACGGAUGUCUAUUAAGAGAGGUUAUCAGUCUCACGUUUGACAAAUCAUGCGAUGAACCCAAUUUCAGUCAAAUGUACGCACAGCUUUGUCGUAAGAUGAUGGAAAAGGUGGACCCCGAAAUAAUAGACGAAAGCGUUAGAAAUGCGGAAAACAAACCUGUUCAGGGUGGCGCGUUGUUCAGGAAAUAUCUACUGAAUAGAUGCCAGGAAAAUUUUGAAAAGGGUUGGAAAGUCAACAUUCCUGUCCCGUCUAAUGAAAAAGGCGAACCGGAUCUUAUGUCAGACGAAUAUUAUACUGCGGCGAAAGCAAAAAGACAUGGACUCGGUCUUAUACGUUUUAUUGGUGAAUUGUUCAAACUAAGUAUGCUUACCGAGCGUAUUAUGCAUGAAUGCAUAAAAAAACUAUUGUCCAACAAGAAUCCUGAAGAGGAGGAAAUGGAAAGUUUGUGUAAACUAUUGACUACAGUCGGACAGCAACUUGAUCAUGCUAAUGCCAAAACGCAUAUGGAUGCAUAUUUUUCCAGGAUGGAUGAAAUGUCGAAAAACAUGAAAUUGAGCAGCCGUAUAAGAUUUAUGAUAUUGGACGUAAUUGAAUUGCGAAGUAAUAAUUGGGUGCCGAGACGUGAUAACAAUGCACCAAAAACUAUUGCGGAAAUUCAUGAAGAUGCAGCCAAACAAAAAGAGGAAGCCGAAUAUAUGCGGAGAACAACUAGUUCAGGUGGCCGAGGGUUGCCUAAAAUAGCGGAUCAAAUGACCCGUGUCGGAUCUGGUCGUCGUGAUAAGGGAUCAGGGUCGCACGGUGCCGGUGGACAACAAGCCGAGGCUGGUUGGAACAUGGUAGGCGGUGGAUCAUCGUCGGCAUCACGAAAAACCGGUGAUCUGUCAAAGUUUGGAUCGGUGCGUAGCAAGGUCUCCGGAAAUGUUAAUCUUGCUCCGGGUGGAGGAGCUUUUGGCGCAAAAUGGAAAACAGAUAACAAAGAUCGCGAUGAUAAGAGUUCGGUCAUGGCCCGUGGAAAUUCAGCGUCGAAUACAUAUAGUGUGCUAACUAACGCUGAUCCCGAAAUUCGUAAGUCCAGUGAUGGGGAAAGGAAAAAGUUGCAGCUUGCACCACCAUCAAAGAGUAUACAUGAAGAUAGUAUUGCUCCUAAGUCGAUUAUGACGAAACCUUCAUCGGUACCCUUAACGGUAGAAACAGCAAAUAAGAAAAUUGAUAAUAUGAUCGAAGAAUAUUUUACAGCAUUAGAUUUAAGAGAGUUAAUUUAUUGUAUAAAUGAAUUACCCAAGGAAUAUCACUCAAAGGCAAUUUCAGAGUUUGCCAAUAAAGUUAUUGAAAAGAAAGAGGAUGAUGUACGUAAAGUCGUCGGGGUGUUUAAAAAACUUUCAACGGAGGGUAUAAUAUCCAAAUCAGUGUUUAUGGAAGGGCUUCCAUUUACAAUGGAAUUUUUGACAGAAAUUAGCACCGACGCACCAAAAUCUUAUACUUAUGUUGGACAAUUGCUUUAUGGUUCUUCGAUCGAGCUAAAGGAAGUUGCGGAACUGCUAAAACCUUUGUUUGAUAUUGAGGAUGUCAAGGGCGUAGAAAAGGUGAUGGCGGGAUACUUGGAAGAAUGGAAAAAUGUAUCGGUAAAUAUUUAA